AUGUACGACUCCGUGGUUGUCCCUGUUAUCGGGGCGAUAUCCCUGAUACUAGGGUUGCUUACAGUCAUUUAUCGACUCUAUGUCCAUCCACUGGCGGGAUUUCCUGGUCCUAAGCUCGCAGCUGCCACGUUUCUCUACGAGUUCUACUAUGAUAUUAUCAGGGGGGCAUGUCCAAUCGUCCGUAUCAAUCCUCGAGAGCUACACAUCAUAGACCCGUCCUACUACGAUAUCAUUCAUGCCGGCGGGUCUCGUAAGCGAGCCAAAGAUCCCAAAUACGCCGUGGCUUUCGGGGCGCCAAACUCGCUCGUUGGGACCAUCGAUCAUGACCACCAUCGUCUUCGUCGCAGCUACCUGAGUAAUUACUUCUCAAAGCGAUCCAUAGCUGGUCUGACACCGUACAUCCAUCAGAAAGUCGAUCAAUUAAUCCACCGCUUCGAGAAUGCCUACAAUCAAUCCACGGUCCUUCACUUACAACUAGAUUUUGCGGCUUUCACCGCAGACGUGAUCACACAUUAUUGCUAUGGCUGGAGCUAUGGAUACCUGGAUGAUCCCAACAGUGCACAAAGCAACGACCUCGUCGACGCAGUUGCAGGGUUGAUGAAAAUGUUCCACAUCAACCGCUUCUUCCCUUUCCUGAUCACCAUCUUCUUGGCCGCGCCGCCAGCAGUCGUUCGCUUGUUACAGCCGCAAAUGGCCAGUCUAUUUGAUGUCAAAGCUAGACUGCGACAACAAGCCGAGGCUACUCUCUUGAAGAAAACGGCCGGAGAUUCUGACUCGUAUUCAAACGAUAAUAUCUUCGAUGCCCUGGUGAGUCCGAGCGUGCCGCCUCAUGAGAAAACGCUGGAUCGGCUGGAGGAUGAGUCUGCAUUGCUCCUUGGAGCGGGCACGGAGACCACUGCAAGGGCUAUUGCGGUGUCGAUGUUUCAUCUAAUGAAUAAUAAAGAGAUGGGACUGAAACUGCGCGAGGAAUUGAAGACUGUGUUGAAGACUCCGCAGUCUAAAGCCUCAUGGACUGACCUUGAGAAGUUGCCAUAUCUGACCGGUGCUGUCAAUGAAGGCCUUCGUCUGAGUCACGGUAUGACCGCUCGUCUAGCUCGGAUCUCGCCCACUGAGCCUAUGGUCUACAAGGACUGGCUCAUUCCGCCUGGAACUCCAGUCAGCCAGUCAAACUAUUUUGUACACAUGGACACCAAUCUAUUCCCCGAGCCGGAAAAAUUCGACCCCGAGCGAUGGGUUCGUGCUUCGGAAGAAGGCGAGUAUCUUAGCCGAUUCAUCGUCGCAUUUACCAAGGGGAGUAGACAGUGUUUGGGAAUCAAUCUUGCCUAUUCGGAGAUUUAUAUGACUCUGGCUCACAUUGUUCGACGUUUUGAAUUUGCUCCAUUUGAGACUGCCGUUGAAGACCUGGCUGUCUACCGAGAACAGGGUGUUGGAUUGCCAAGGCGCGGGUACUUUGGCGUGAAAGCCAUUAUUACGGGUAUUGUAGAGGAAUGA